GCUUGAUAACCGUUGUGCCAGUGUCACUGUCACAGGACGUCGCCACCUCUGUUCACGAUCAAUAUAUCAGCCUCAUCUACUCUCGCUUGGGUGACUCUUGCCAUCACAGUAUUUGUCUUGAAAGCAGCUUCAGCUGCGCACCCAUUCAGAGUGUUCAAAAACAAGAUGGCUUCUCAAAGAAUAUUGAUAUAUAUUCUGAGACGGGACCUACGACUCGCCGACAACCCAGUCUUCCAUGAGAUACAUCAGCUGUGGCAGCAGUCUCAAAGACCAUUCACCCAUUUUCUCCCUGUUUACGUCUUCGCGUCACAGCAAAUUGAAAGCUCUGGAUUCCUCAAAGACCACACUGCCAGCUCACCCUAUCCACAGGCCAGGUCGGAGGUCGGUGGCUUUUGGAGAUGUGGGCCACAUCGAGCCAAGUUUCUGGCGGAGUCGGUCUGGGACCUCAAAUCUGAAUUGUUAACCCUCAGAAGCGAUCUCGUCAUUCGCGUCGGUGUCCUCGGCGAUGUUGUUGGCGAUCUUCUCCAACAAUUCAAGCAACAUGGCGAGGAGGCUUCGGUAUAUGGGGUAUGGAUGACCGAGGAGGAAGGCAUCGAGGAGAAACGAGAGGAACGAAGUGUACGUUCGGCGGCUGAGAAAGCUGGAGUGGAUUUUCGUCUUUGGUUGGAUGAAAAGUAUUUCAUUGAUGAUCGCGAUCUCCCAUUUGACAAGCCCUCGGAUCUCCCAGACGUCUUUACGAGUUAUAGAAAAUCUGUCGAGCCGCUGAGGGAAGCCCCAAGGAAUGAGGUCCCUCCACCUCAAUCGCUACCGCCCUUGCCAGGCCAUGUUCCACCCCAGCACGGCCCCUUUUUGAUUCCGAAUGACUACCAGUCACUCGAAGAAUCUCUGUUGAAACCUCUCAAAGCCGAGCCUCCUCUUCCAAAGUCAAUUGCAAUUCCUGAGUCGGUGUCCUCAGCACAUCCAUUCCAUGGCGGAGCAAAGACAGGCCUCGAACGGAUCGAGUCUCUGAUCAAGUCAGGCGCCAUGACAAAUUACAAGGAUACGCGGAACGGACUUUUAGGCACCGACUUUUCAACUAAGCUUUCUGCGUGGCUAGCAUUGGGGUGCAUCACCGCCCGUCAAGUUCAUGCUCGGCUACUGGAAUUUGAAAAUGGAGAGGCUGAUCGAUGGAAGGGUACAGUGGGCUAUGGAAAGGGUGAGAACAAGGGAAGUGCAGCAGUCAGGUUUGAGCUGCUCUGGCGAGACUACAUGAGGCUGUGUACACGCAAGUUCGGACCUCGCCUCUUCCGCCUCGAAGGGUUUCGAAACGACAAGACAUAUGCAUGGAAGACGCCGGGGAACAAGGGCAGCGGGUCAGGAGUGAAUGAGAUCUUAGAACGGUUCCUUCGAGGCACGACUGGAACGACAUUGAUCGAUGCAAGCCAACGAGAGCUCUUCCUUACUGGCUAUACUAGCAACCGAGCGAGGCAAAAUGUGGCCAGUUAUCUAGCCAAGCAUCUGGGUAUCAACUGGAAGCUCGGGGCCGAGUGGUAUGAGUGUAUGUUGACCGACUACGAUGUAAGUUCGAAUUGGGGAAACUGGCAAUAUGUGGCGGGGGUAGGAAACGAUCCUAGAGGCGAAGCGCGAGUGUUCAAUCCGAUCAAGCAGGCUUGUGACUACGAUCCUCAGGGGGACUAUUGCAAAGCCUGGGUGCAAGAACUGCGAGAAUUGGAAGACCCACAGCAUGUUUUCCAACCGUGGAAAGUUGACCCAGAACGCAGGUCCGAUUUGGGAUUGAAAGGUCUAGAAACGGUGGAGAAUCCUCUCAAGAAGAUCGACUUCAGGGUCGGAGGCAAGGGUAGGGGUGGAAGUGGAGGGGGGCGGUAUGGAGGCAGCUCUCGAGGGAAACCCAAUGGAGCAGGUCAAGGUGGCCGAGGACGAGGAGGCGGGAGUUUUGAGAGUCGAGGCCGACAGCGAGGGAAAAGGUGGGAUGACAAAGGCCGUCAAGGCCAGAUGGACAAAAGCAACAAGGCGAUGGAGUUGAAUGGAUCAGCAGAGUGAUGGUAAGGAUUUAAUGAAACAUUCCAGAGAAGAAAAGCAGCUGCCUGCAGUGGGUUCUUCGACAAUGAUGACUUGGAAGGAGCGGGCCAAGGACCGAAGGAGCAAAGGAACGGUGGCGAGAAGGCACGAACGAACGUUCCAUCCUAUUGCC